GGCGCGGGCGGCGGGGCCCCGGGAUCCCCGCGCGCCUCCUCCGCGCGGCGCCGCCGCCGCGCGUCCCCACGCCCUGCGCUCCACGGCGCCCUCGCCCCGCGCGCCUCCCUUGCCCGCCUCUUGCCAGCCUCCGGGCCGCGGCCGUCUGCAGGGCGAGCGCUCAGACGGAGCUCCCGGGCAACUUGAGCAGCGCCGAUCGGCGGCGGAGCCCUGGACCGAGCCCCGGACCGAGCCCUCUGACCCUGCGGCGAGUGCAGCGGAGUCUCGUCCGCCGGAGUGACAGUCGUCCAGAUCAGCGGGCAACGCCGACCCUUCUGCGCGGGGCUCCCGCUGGAGGCAAAGCCGCGCGCCGCGAGACUCGUACGGUUCGCAGCCGGGCCGCCGGCCUCCUCCCCGCCGCCCCUGAGGGCGAAGCCGCGCCUUCUCAGACUCUGGCUUCGCAGCUACAGCACCGGAACGCGCCCCGCCUCGCCGCCGCCUUCGCUGUGUUGCCCCUUGAGGGGGCCACAGCCCCGCGCCCCGGCCGGAGGAUGUGCGCCCCCGCGGGCCGGCCCGCUUGAGCCAUGCGCCCCAACGGCGGCGGCGCGCCGGCCGGCAUGGAGCCCCGCGCGGCCGCGCUCUGACUCGCUGUGCGCCCCGCGGCCGGCGGGCGGCGGGCGGCGGCGGACCGAGAGCCGGAGACCGGCGCCACGGGACCGGGACCGAAGCGAGCGGGCGCGGGCGCCGCGCAGAUGGCCGGGGCGAGCAAGGUCUGAGGCUUCGUUCCCUGAAACGUGACCAUGUGGAUUCAACAGCUUUUAGGACUCAGCUCCAUGUCCAUCCGCUGGCCAGGCCGCUCCCUUGGAAGCCAUGCUUGGAUCCUGAUAGCCAUGCUGCAGCUUGCUGUGGAUUUCCCGUCCUGUGAGUCCCUGGGUCCGGGCCCCGAGUUCCGGCUCCUGCCACGACCACCGCAGAGGCCCCUGCGGCUGUGGAGUCUGAGGAGUGGACAGCCGUCUCGCCUCCCUGCUCCUGUGUGGAGCCCCCGCGCGGCCCGUACGGAGCGGGCCCACGGGCAGAUGCUGACACCCCGUGCCAGGAGAGCCCACAGGCCCCGGGACCAGGUGGCCGCCCUCGUGCCCAAAGGGGGCCUCGCCAAGCCCCCAGCUGCUGCCAAAUCCAGCCCGUCCCUCACUUCUUCCUCCUCGUCCUCGUCCUCCCCGGCGGCUGGCGGGUCCACCGAGCAGCAGAGUCUCCUGAGGCGGGGGAAGAGGCACGUGCAGGACACUGGUCUCAACAACUUUGACUUCAGAGGCGGUAGGCCCACUACAGAGACAGAGUUCAUUGCCUGGGGGCCCACGGGGGACGAGGAGGCCCCGGAGGCCAACACUUUCCCGGGCGUGUAUGGCCCCACCACGGUCCCCAUCUUACAAACACGGAAGACAACUGUGGCCACCACCACCAUUGCUGCCACCACGGCCACCUCCAUGACGCUGCAGACCAAGGGCGUCACUGCCUCCCCGGAUCCCCGGAGGAGGGUCCCUCCUGGGGCUAGCACAACAGAGCCUUCCCCCAGCCCCAGCAACAGCGGCAACGACAGCAAGCCCCCCCGGAUUCUGGGGGAGACCUCAGGUUUGGCUGUGCAUCAGAUCAUCACCAUCACCGUCUCCCUCAUCAUGGUCAUCGCUGCCCUCAUCACAACUCUUGUCUUAAAAAAUUGCUGUGCCCAAAGCGGGAACACCCGGAGGAACAGCCACCAGCGGAAGAUCAACCAGCAGGAGGAGAGCUGCCAGAACCUGACCGACUUCACCCCGGCCCGGGUGCCCAGCAGCAUGGACAUCUUCACGGCCUACAACGAGACCCUGCAGUGUUCGCACGAGUGUGUCCGGGCGUCCGUGCCCGUGUACACCGACGAGACGCUGCACCCGGCUGGGGAGUACAAGUCCACGUUCAAUGGAAACCGGUCCUCCUCUGCUGACCGGCAUCUCAUCCCUGUGGCCUUUGUGUCUGAGAAAUGGUUUGAAAUCUCCUGUUGACUGGCGGAAGGCUUUUUUACCUCCUGGGGGCAGGGCGGACGCCACGUGUCUGCUUCAGGAUUCCGUUGGUGAACCUGUAAAAACAAAACAAAACAAAAAACACAAAACCCAGAACUAAACUAUCUAAGGGGAGGGUCCCCGCACCUGCCACUCCUGUUAGCCGUGGGAAGCUCCAGAGCAGGACGCUCUAGGCCAAAUCUAUUUUUGUAAAAGUUGCUCACGCCUAUGGGUGACUGCCUUCUCCGAGUUUUCUUUGGAGAACAGAAAGAAGAAAUGCAAGAAAGAGACUGGAGACAGCAGGAGGCCAAGAGGAAAGGACAGGAGGAGGCCACCGAAGCCUGGGAUUUGUACCACGAUUCUGAACCUGUGCCAAUAAUACCAUUAUGUGCCAUGUACUGACCCGAGAGCCUCGGCCCAGAGCCGGAGCUGAGCAAAUCACGUGUAGAACUCUACAGAACAGGGGUGGGAUUCUCUUCCGAUAGAGUCACUAUUUCUGGUUAAUAUACAUAUAUAAAUAUAUAAAUACCAACAGACACACACACACACACACACACACACACACAUACACUUUUUUUGUACUGUAGCGAUUUUUGAAGAUCUUCAAUGUUCCUUUUUAAAAAAAAGAGUUGUGUUAUAGGUUACAAAAUCCAAUUUAUUUAACAUGCUUAGUACGAACAGAACAAACUGGUAUUUUCUACUUUGGCAACCUCACACACACACCGCGUACACACAUACACACACCCGCGCGCACACUCACACACGCAUAUAUACGCCUAUAUUGGAGACACGGUUCCACAGGUGAGCAUAUUCUUCAUUCUUCCUGGUGACCUGGAAUUUCAUCACCGUGCAUCCCUGGGGGACAGCCUUGGCCCAGGUGAUAAGGCCCUUAAAUGACGUAGAUACUUGCCAAAUGCCACCAAGGUGUGAUGUGUGAUCGUGGGCCAGCAUUAAGAACACACGGUUCCCUCUACAUACGCACACACACAAGCAUAGGCGCCACUCUCCGUGCUGUUGUUGGAAGAUGCUACCUAACGGCUGAGACCGGGGCCUGAGCACCAGGUUGGGUGGGCGGUGGAUUCCCGAACGUGUGUGUCAUGCAAGCAGAGACUGAAUUAAAGGAAUU